UAUUAAACAUUAUUAAAAGAAAAAAGUGAUUACAUUGAAACUAUUCAAAAUCAUUGGUUAUAUUUUGAAAUGGCAAAAUUUUUGAAUACAUUUUGGGCUUUUUUAUUACAUGUCCUUGGAAUUUUUGUUUUUCAAACAUGUUUUGCAAAUGAUUUGGAAGAUUGGGAUGGUAAACCACUCCUCUCUGGACCACCUUUAACCUCCUUUUUAUUUGCAUCUGCAAUUUAUAUAAUUAUUUUAAAAAUAAACCUCUUUCCAAAUACUUUUCGAAAGCCCCCGAUUGCUUUACUUUCCCUCUAUGAGUUUUUAGCAACAAUGUUUUUGUUGGAAUUCUCAUUGGCCUGUAUUUGGACACCAAUUGACGUGAUUAUCAUGAGAACUUUGCCGAAAAAAUUAAAUGAAAAAACAAGGAGUCAUAUGUUUUGUGACACACGUAAUUACUGUAAUUUGGAACCGAAUUAA